AUGAUGGAGAAGAUUGUAUAUGCUGCCUUGACAAUAAUAAUGGCGCACCUCAUCUUAGGUGUGGUUCUUUGGUUUCGAGUGCGGAAGCUCUACUCCUACCCAGGCGUCUUGGGUUUUCCUGUUAUCGGGAACCUCUUCUACUUCUAUAGGACACUACUUUUAUUUACCAUGGACAGUACGCAUAAAUAUGUACUCUCGGUUGUUGAAGAAAAUGGAAGUGAUGGACUCCUCUUCCAUUGGAUGUUUGGUUACAACGUACUAGCUCUGAUUUCAACUCCUGAACUUGUCAAGAAAUUAUCACUCCAUCCCGAUAUGGCUGAUAAGUCUCCAAUGUACGGAGGGUUCCAAGUUGGCUUUGGUGGACCGUUUAGCAGACUACAUUCAGGUGAUGAGUGGAAAACAAAGAGAAAGGAAUACAAUUUUAAUUUAAAGAAAUCUCGUAUAGAAAAUGAAUAUUGUAGCACUUUUAUUAAAUGUGCCGAUAAAAUGGUUAAUAGUAUGUUGGCAUCACCCUCUAAUGUAGUUGCGAUUGAUGUAAGCGUAUGUUUAACACAGGAUGUUUCAUUCAGAACCUUGUUUGGUAUUGAGUCAAAUUUAGUCUAUGAUCCCGAUAUUGUAAGAGCAUUUCACAAGGUUUGCGAAGUGGGAGCACAAGUUGGGUCCAACCCGACUCUAUCUAAAGUACUAGCUCUGGUAGUAAUGCCACUUCUAAAUACAUUACUUGGGAAAAAAGUUGCCGAAUUGCGUAGAUUGAUGUUGAAAGGGGCAUGUAAUAAGUUGAAAUCAAACCAGACAUCACUCAAAGAACUGCCUCUGUCAACAUAUGUGGGAUCAAGAAAUAUGAAAAAUAAUGAAAGUGAAAUAUUAUUAUUGAAUGAGCUUCAGGAAUUGUAUUUUACAUCUGCGCACACUGUUUCUACUUCUUUAGCAAACACAAUAUGUUUUUUAGCAUUCCUACCCGACAUCCAAGAAAGAGCUUGGCAAGAGCAAUACGAAAUAUUUGGGAAUGACAUUAGAGAUCCAACCAUUGAUGACUUAAAUCAGAUGCAGUUUCUUGGCAGGUUCAUAAAAGAAUCCUUAAGAUUUCUUGGUCCAUCUGUGGUUGGAAAAAUGGCUACUGCUGAUAUAGACAUAGAUGGAAUAACAAUACCACAAAAUACUUGUGUUUUUUUCAUGUUGAGAUAUAUUAGAUUUCAUCCAAAACACUGGAAGGAUCCAUAUAUUUUUGACCCAGAUCGUUUUAUUGAACAAAAUGAUUCAUUAAAACAUAUUUAUUCACCAUUUGGAAUUGGUAUUAGAAAUUGCCCAGGUGAGUAUUUUGGAAUAACAUUAAUGAAAAUUGCAUUAUCGAAAAUAAUAAGAAGACUGAAAGUUAAAUUAGUCGAUAAAAAUCUCCGAUUCGAAGACAUCAAAUAUAAAACUUAUUUUUUGGCAGAAAUGGAGAAUCAGCCUAAGCUACAAGUUGAAGAAAGAAUCUGACAUUUUUUAAAUGGUUUAUAUAUUUCUUAAUUAUGAUUAAUUAGAUAUAUUUAAUUAAUUAUAUAUAUAAUAUUGUAUACCAAUUUUACAAUGUUUAUACAUUUUUUGUAAUAUUUAUACCCCUAUCAUAUCAUACUUAAUCAGGUUUCGAGUUCUUCAUUGUUAGUAGCCUGAGGUAUUUUAAUUAUUAUUUAAUUUUUUCAAUGCUAAUAGUUAUUAUCAUUUAAUGCGAAAUUAUUACUUAUGUUGUUAGAUUAUGACGUAGAUUGUAUUAUUCUACAUAUUCAAAAAAGUAAAAAUAGUUUUGUAUUAAAUUGGGAGGAGAGACAGUAUUAUUUAUUUUAAAUCUUUAAAAUUUACUUAAAAUCAAAUGGAACAUUUUAAUAUUUAGUUGAAAUUUAUUUAAAAUGACAUGAAGAUUUAUUUAAAACUUUUAAAAAAUAUAAUGAUUUUUCACAAUCCUGACUAUUUGUGUCUGUUACCAGCCAAGGAAGUUGGAAAAAAAAAAGUAGAAACUAAAGAUAAUGUUUGUUUAUUUGGUUCGAUGUUGAUUGUUUAUAGAUACACAAAAUUAUUAAUACUUAAUUGCUGCUAAUUGCUAACAAUUAAAAUGACUUACAGCAAUAUAAAUACAAACAUUGAUAAAAUAUUAAUUAUUUCAUUUAUUAUAAUUAGACUUAAUUAUAUAAAAAGAAAUUCUAUCAGCUUCACUAAUAAUAAAUACUACAUUUUUAUACAUACUCUUGAUAUUGCCUCAAGUGAUCAAUUAAAAACCAUAAAUCAAUGAGCUUGGGGUAUCAUAGAGUAUCAAUAAAUUAAAUAAAUAACUUUUAUCUAUAAAUAAAUUAAUUACAAUCAUAAAUUAACACAGUAAAAAUCACAGCCAAACCACAAAAAUAUAAAUUAUGAGGGUACGUAGAAAUUGGCAGCUAUUUUCAACGCCUGGUCCAUAUCCUUAAUAAGAUCAGUUGCUGAUUCCAGGCCGAUGGACAACCUUAUCAGAUUAUCGGUGAUUCCCAAUUCUUCUUUGAUUUCAGCCGGAACUAUUUCAUGAGUCAUUGUUGUUCUGUUAAAGCAUUAAAGCAUAAAAUUAAUAUUUAUUAACGUUAUCACCUUUUGAAAAUAAAAUGCAAAACAUUGGAGGAAAUAAAUUAGUAUAAGUUUAUAGUAAAUGGUAGUUUAUAUUCUAGCAUUAAUAUAUAUUAUUAAAAUUGAUAAUCUUACGGUAAUUCAGCAAGGGAUUCAAAGCCUCCUAGGCUCACAGCAAGAGCGAAAACUUUUAAAGCUUUCAAAAACGCUUUGCUCAUUUCCAGAUCUCCUUUCAAGAAUAUUGAGAUCAUUCCAGAAGGACCAUGCCAUAACCUUUUGGCUAAUUUAUAUUGUGGGUGAGAUUCCAAGCCUGUGAAAGUAAUAAGUAUUAAAUGUCUAAGUAAAACAUAUUUUUUUCUUUAGUAAUUUUUGAAAUAACAUAUUUCCUUAAAUUACCUGGAUAGAGGACUUUUUCAACUAGAGGAUGUUGUUCUAAGAAUUUGGCUACUUUAGUCGCAUUUUCGAUAUGUUUGUCCAUUCUUACUGACAAAGUUUUCAAACUCCUGUUCAUGAGAUAACAGUCGAAAGGAGAAGGAAUAGAUCCUGCAACUGAAUUGGAAGAGUAAAUAAAAUAUUUGUUUAGUAUUUUUGCAGGAAUUAUUUUUAACCAUAUCUUCAUUAAUAGACUUACUGUGUUG